AUGGAUAAGUUUAAAGCAUUCUUUACAAACCAAACCGACUGCGUUUUUGCAAGUGUGUCGCCAGGUCUCGCUGUCGAUAACAAUGUCAUGCUUCAGCCAAAUGCCAUUCAAGUCGAAGAUAAUAAACACCUUAUCUCGACGUCGGAACAAGCAUAUGCUUCAUUAGACCAAUGUGAGCAAACUAGUGUAAAUACAAUGAAUCAAUCCAUGACGAACGGAAUACCGAGUCAACAAGAACUACAAUUGUUCGAGGCUGGCUACAAUUUCGUUCAGGCAACAAAUAAUGUAAAUACUUUUCAGACCGAACAGAAUCUAGAUGUAAUGCAAGAAAUACGACAGCUCAAAACUGAAAUGCUAGCGAUAAAGCGGGAGAACGAUCAGUUACGUGGAUCACCGUUUGUUCAGCAACCGGAUACUCUGAGAUCCGAAUGGCAAUGCAUGGGAUGUGACAGCAAGACUAGGAAAGACCUUAGCAUUCACGAGCCUAUAUUAAGGCUGUAUUGCUCCAUGCCAUGCUAUAAUGCCAACAAGGGCAAAUUGCAGACCCGCAUAGUUACAAUCGGCAAUGACAGCGCAGAGAUAGCAGAAAUUAAAAAGAUCUUUUGUUCUUCAGUCAAAGGCGCUGAAAUAUGCAUGUUUGCUCGAUUGGAAAUGCCAGAGGCUAUUGUUAAUAAACACAAUGAUUAUAAAAAACGGUUUGCUGAGCAAAACCAAAUUAGUGAAAAAAGUGUCACGCAGAGAAUGUUUCAUGGAACAAAAAUCAGGUGUACAAAUAAUUUAACUCAUCCCGAAAUCUGUAAGAAAAUCGGGUCUGGAGAACUUUGUAAGGAGGCUUGUGGACUAUGUGGUAUUAUCCAGUAUGGAGUUAGAACUGAGUUUUCCCGCUUUGGAAACAGUAGUCCAACGAUUUCCCACAGCUACUGUGGAAUAUCCAAUCCAAGGGCAAUGUUUGUUGUAGAUGUUGUUGCAACCAAUCAUUGCAAAAUUUUGACCGUUAAUCGAAAUGAGGCCACGCUUCCUCGUUACCUAAUUUUAUUCCAAGCCAGUAGAAAACGUGCUGCAUCUCAAAAUAUCUCAAGUUGCACACGUAUCAAACGAUGUAAACCUCCUUUGGCACAACCGGCAAAGGCAGUUUCGAAAGAGCAGCAGCUUAAUUUCCGGUAG